AUUGCAAUGAACGCUGGAACUCCGGAGCUGGAUGAGGAACUUAGAACCAUCAGUAUCUUGGGAGGAAAAGAAUGUUAAGGAAAAGCAAAUCAUUAAUUUUAAAAUACUUUCUUAACCUCAUUAAUGGAGCUUUCCUGGUUCUUGGACUUUUACUCAUGGGAUUUGCUGCAUGGCUUUUAUUGGAUAGAAAUAAUUUUUUCACUGCUCUAAAUGAAAGUAAUCACCUGAUGGUAUAUAUUUUUGGAAUUUUAAUUGGAACUGGAUCGGCUAUUGUUCUUCUUUUUCUCUUGGGUUAUUUGGGAAUUCAAUAUGAAAUCAGAUGGCUCCUAGUUCUGUAUGCAGUACUGUUAAUGUGGGCCUUUGGUGUUCAGGUUGUACUUUCAGCACUCAUCUUCACAAAGAAAGAGGAGGUUCACCAAGUAUGGCAUGAUGAAAUUGAUUUAGUCAUUUCUCAGUAUGGAUCUAAAGAUGUGCCUGAAGACAUACUUAAGUGGACUAUUCUGAAUGCUUUACAAAAAACAUUGCAGUGUUGUGGCCAACACAAUUACACAGAUUGGAUAACGAAUGAGAAUAAAGAAAAUUCAGAACAGGUUCCAUGUUCUUGCACGAAUUCUACAUUAAGAAAGUGGUUUUGUGAUGAGCCACUGAAUGCAACUUACUUAGAGGGUUGUGAAAAUAAAAUCAACACAUGGUAUCAAGCUAAUGCUUUAUCAUUAAUUGGAAUUAACUUUGGACUUUUGGUUUCAGAGGUUUUGCAAAUCUCAUUAACUGUCUCUUUCUUCAGACAUAUCAAGAACAGAAUAUUUGCAGAAAUGUGAUCUUUGGAUUUUAAUUUGUCUGGAAGAAACCAGUUAAUUUGCAAAAUAAUCACAAUGUAUUCUUUUAUUCCAAAAAGUUUCUGAAUUACAUUAAUGAAGUUUAGGAGUCAUUGAAGUCAUUGGUUAUAUGUAACAUAAAAUUUUUGGAAUCAUAAUACAUCAC